AUGAAGCUGGCCCUGCCUCUGCUGCUGGUCACCCUGGCCCUUUGCUGCCCCGACGCUAAUGGGGUGACAAUGUGUCCAGCCCUUCAAUCUGAGAUAAACACCUUUCUGGUGGGGAGUCAAGAGGAAUUCCAGAAUGAGAUUAGUAAGUUCAAUCCACCUGCAGAAGCCAUGCAGGACACACUGAAGGUGAAGACAUGCGUGAACAAACUCAGCCUAUUGGAACGAUUGGCGUUGGUCUUCGUAGUGCAGAUUGUUGAAAACAAGUGUAAGAAGGAUUCUGCGUAA